AUGCGGAAGCCGACGGAUGUCGGCCAGCACCCCCUUGAGCCCACCACCAACUCGAAGGUGACCCCGGGAGCCGCAGGGCUCGACGAGCUCGACUGGAGCCAACCGGACAUUGAAAUCAAGAAACGGGAAUGGAUCCAGGCGACGUUCCAUCGACGUGAGUGCGCCAAGUUCAUCCCGACGAACAAGGACCCGGAGAAAUGCGGCUGCGGACGUCAGCGAGCCGUUCACCACGACCUAACCAACCUGAUGACCAAAUUUCUGGAGUACCCCCCGCCAUUCCAGAGCCAAGAGGCGCAGAAGCUGUUCAGGGCCGCCGACGCGUUGAAGGAGGAGGGAGAGGAGGAUACGGAGAGAGCAGACAGAGAGUUCCUCAAGCCAGAACCGGAACCGGAAAAGCGACCGAAACGCGUCAACGAGCGCUGGAGCAUCCGGAAGCACGCGCUGGCCCUGCCGACGGACGCCUACGGACAGAUCGAGUUCCAAGGUGCCGCUCACCCGUAUCGUGCUCAAUACCUGCGGCUCGGGUUCGACGCGGACCCGGCGGACGUGAUGGCGAUGCUGGACCGGAUCUGGGAUAUCCAGCCGCCGAAGCUGAUCAUUACUGUGAAUGGGGGGACGUCGAAUUUUGACCUGCAACCAAAACUCUCGCGCGUCUUCCGGAAGGGCCUGCUAAAAGCCGCCAAGACCACCGGUGCCUGGAUCAUCACCAACGGCGUCGACACGGGCGUCGUGCGGCACGUCGCGGCUGCUCUCGAAGGCUCCGGCUCGAGCUCCCGCUCAAAAAUCGUCUGCAUCGGGAUCACUUCCUGGGGCACGCUGAAGAAGCGGGAGGACUUUUUGGGAUUGGAUAAAGAAGUGCCCUACCAUCCGCACUCCUUCCACGCGCGCAGCCGGACGUCGGUGCUGAACAAUCGGCACUCGUAUUUUUUGCUGGUUGACAACGGCACCGUCAACCGCUUCGGUGCGGACGUCAUGCUACGACGCCGCCUGGAGAUGUACAUCGCGCAGAAGCGCAAGAUUUUCGAGCAGCGCUCGGUGCCCGUGGUGUCUGUCGUCCUCGAGGGCGGCGCGUGUACGGUCCGUACAGUGAUGGACUACAUUACAAAUGUUCCACGCGUCCCUGUCGUGAUUUGCGACGGUUCUGGACGAGCCGCCGACCUGCUCGCCUUUGCUCAUCUACACAUUGGCGAUGAUGGCAAAUUUGCCGAACAUGUUCGUCUCCAGCUCCUAUCCCUCAUCCAGCGCACCUUCGCCUUCGACGAGCAAGCGGCCGAGAAGGUGCUCCGCGAGUUGAGCAUCUGCGCGCAGCAGAAGGAUCUGAUUACGGUAUUCCGCCUCGGGGAGAAGCAAGGGAAGCACGACGUCGACUACGCCAUCCUGACGGCCCUUCUGAAGGGGCAGAACUUAUCCGGGCCCGACCAGCUCGCCCUGGCGCUUGCCUGGAAUCGUGUGGACAUCGCUAAAAGUGACAUCUUUGGCGUGGAGCAGCAGCAUGCCUGGACCCAGCAGGCCCUGCACAACGCCAUGAUGGAGGCGUUGACCUACGAUCGAGUCGAUUUCGUUCGUCUCCUCAUCCAGAAUGGCGUCAGCAUGCACAAAUUUUUGGAUAUGGGCCGGUUGGAGGAGCUUUACAAUACGGACAAAGGCCCCGCAAAUACGCUUUACUACAUCGUGCGCGACGUCGUCAAGCUGCGCAAGAAGAAUUACCACUUUGAACUCCCCGCCAUCGGGAUGGUCAUCGAGAAGCUGAUGGGCAAUGCCUACCGCUCCAGCUACACGUCUAGCAGCUUCCUGAAGAAGUACCAGAUCUACGCGCAGAAACGGAGGGACUUGGCGGCUAGUCAGAAGAACAUGGGAAAGUCGCGGAACGCGAGUACGAUCCUUAGCCGGCAGCCGACGGAAGCGGUUUUGCAGAUUCCGACCCUCGCCAACGCCGAGCAGCAGCUCUCUGAGACGAUGGUGUCGGCGCUGUCCGGCAGUCGAGCACUCUCAAAUCAUAUCUUGUGGCGAUCGGCUUUCCGGAAUAAUCAACCAAACGGCCCUCAACCCAUGCGUCCACCCAACCUCCUCGAAACCAAGGACCCUCUCGGUGAUGACGACGACCUAUCCACGACCGGAGCCUCUUCCGACAAGGCCGGCGACGAGUUCCGGUACCCGUUUUCCGAGCUGCUCCUCUGGGCGGUGCUCACGAAGCGGCAGGAGAUGGCCAUGUGCAUGUGGGAGCACGGGGAGGAGGCCUUGGCCAAGGCCCUGGUGGCUUCACGGCUUUACAAGAGCCUGGCCAAGGAGGCAGCUGAGGACUACUUGGAGGUGGAGAUCUGCGAGGAGCUGCGGAAAUAUGCAGAAGAAUUCCGAGUGUUGUCCCUUGAACUGCUUGACCACAUCUACACUCAGGACGAUGCGAUUGCGCUACAGCUGCUCACCUACGAGCUGCGCCAGUGGGGCCACGAAACCUGCCUCUCGCUGGCCGUCAUCGUCAACAACAAGCAGUUCUUGGCACACCCGUGCUGCCAAAUACUGCUCGCCGACCUGUGGCACGGAGGGCUGAGGAUGAGGAGCCACUCGAACGCCAAAGUGCUGAUGGGCUUAUUUUUGCCGGCCACCAUCCCGACGCUUGAGUUCAAGACAAAGGAAGAGCUGCUGCUCCAACCCCAGACGGCCGCUGAACAUGAGCACGACAUGAACGACACCUUGUCGUCCAGCUCAUCCUCAUCCUCCGAAGACUCGUCCAGCGGCUCGGAAAACACCGACAGCGAGGAUGACAUGCCCCAUUUACCGCACCAUAAACGAACAGCGCACAGCAGCAUGCAGUCGAUAAAUACGGUCGGGUUGGGCAGCCUGUUCCACCGAAACCACAAGAAGAAGCCGUCGCGGGUGGUGAAGGAGCGAGACGAUCCGGUGGCGUCGAUUGAGGCCGGGAUGGCGAAUGGGAGAUAUGAGAUGAAGUCUGUCAGCGCCCAACCGGAAGUGAAGGACCGAAGCCCGGAGAAGAGUUGGUGGAACUGGUGGGGAAGCGAAGAACCCAAGAAACGCAAGCCAAAACCGGUGGAAACCAGCGAGGGAGCCACCGGCCGUAAGCCGUGGAUGGUCAGGGGCGUACAGAAAAUGCGCAAAAUCAAAUUCCGACGCCGUCUCUACGAAUUCUACGCGGCACCGAUCACCACCUUCUGGUCGUGGGCCAUCGCGUUCUGCUUCUUCCUCGCCGCGCUCACCUAUGUGUUGCUGAUCAAAACGCCGCCAAAACCCACCUGGCUCGAGUGGCUACUGACCGCCUACGUCGUGUCGUUCGGUAUGGAGCACACCAGGAAGUUCAUCAUGAUGGACAUCGAGCCGUUCACGCAAAAGUGCAAGUACUUCUUCGCCAGCUACUGGAAUACGGUAACGACGGCCGCAUUGUUCACCUACGUCAUCGGCUUCGCGCUACGGACGGCUGGAGGACCCUGGGGCCGCGUUAUUUUGGCUUGCAAUGCGGUGCUAUGGGUGAUGAAGCUGCUCGAUUACAUGAGCGUUCACCCGAAGCUCGGUCCCUACAUCACGAUGGCUGGCAGAAUGAUCCAAAGCAUGGUGUACGUGAUCGUGAUGUUGUGCGUCUCCCUGCUGGCCUUUGGACUGGCUCGUCAAUCGAUCACCUACCCAAAUGAGGAGUGGCACCCGCUGUUGUUGAGGAACAUCUUCUACAAGCCGUACUUCAUGCUGUACGGAGAGGUGUACGCUGAUGAGAUUGACCAGUGCGGAGAUGAUGCCUGGGAUCAACACCUCGAAGACGGCACCUCCCUGUGGCAGUACACCGGCAACAACACGUCGAACUGCGUCCCCGGCCACUGGAUCCCGCCCAUCAUCAUGACCUUCUUCCUCCUCAUCGCCAACGUGCUGUUGAUGAGCAUGCUGAUCGCCACGUUCAAUCACAUUUUCGACCAAACCGAGGAGUUCUCGCAGCAGAUCUGGCUCUUCCAGCGCUACAGACAGGUGAUGGAGUACGAGUCGACGCCCUUCUUCCCGCCGCCGCUCACCUUCUUCUGGCACCUGUGGAUGCUGCUCAAAUAUGUGAGGUGGAGGUGGUGCCGGAAGAGGCGGAAUCUCCCGUCGUCGGUGGAUGACGAGAAGGACGUCUUCGACUUCUCGCUCAAGCUGUUUUUGAAGGCUGAUCAGGUCGAAAAACUGCACGACUUCGAGGAGGACUGCAUGGAGGAGCUGGGCCGGCUGAAAGAUCACGCGCGGAACAGCAGCAACGAUCGGCUGAUUUUUAGGACGUCUGAGAGGACCGAUCUGAUGCUCGCCAGGAUUAACGACAUGGCGGCGAAGGACCAGGUGCAUCGAGAAGAUAUGAGAGGGAUGGAGGCGCGGGUGGAGAUGAUGGAGGGGGAGAUUGGCGAACUCAAGGACAUGAUCCGCCAGCUGACCACCUCGCUGCCGUUGGUCAUCAUCCAGGCCCUGCAGGGCGGCCAACGUGCCGCUGGCCUAUCACCCGCCCAUUCCUUCAUCAUCCCCGGGCUCAAGGAGAGCAUCACCCAAGAUGAGGCCCCCCAGUCGGCCGGUGUACAAAGUACGACCACGCAUCCGCUCCUGCUCGAACGCGAGGGGAGCACGAGGGCGAGGAAGAGGACUACGACGUACUCGGGACCAUCCCUCAACAUCGAUGCAGAUUCUGGUCUCCUCUCCCCGGCACUUCACGAUCCCUUUAAAGUCGGCUCUCUCUCGAACCUGGGGCCCACCCAGCCGCUCUUCAACGUGAACAGCUCGAACCUGCCGAGGAGGGACACGAUCAGCAUGUCGUUCCGGCGGCGCCAUCACGACGAAUACACCACCAUCACCGACUCGAUCAGCCUGGCCGCCGACUUGAGGAAGCGGGACAGCGACGAUGAGAUGACAGGCGGAGCCAUCACCGAAGAAGACGAGACGAAACACUCCUUCGACGAUAGCCAGCUGAGCAUCCCGCAGGUCCAACUCCCGAGACGGCCAAAGCUGUCCUCAUCGCAUCACCCCGGCUCUAUGACUGAGCUCGAAAACAAUGGCGUCAUGGCGGACUGCGAGCUGACGGAGCUGGAGCGCGAUCGGGACAGCGAGAUGGAUCUUCCGCACACCUCGAGGCAUCGUAAAAAGGGAAUCUCGCGGAGCAGCGAUGAGAAUGAGGGAAUCCACGUCGUUACCCAUCUCGAUUCCGACGAAAGCCUCACAAAGUCCCCGGAUCGCCCUCCGAAUCAACCAUCCGUUUUCCGACACCGCACCGUUGAC